AUGCGCUUCUCAUCAGCCAUCCAAGUUGCUGCUCUUGUGGGCUUGACUUCAGGUCGAUCAAUCCCUGGUGAUCAUGUCGUCCACGAGAAGCGCGCCGUCCCGAAUCCCAAGUUGCACAAACGAGUUUCCCCCGAUGUUGUGCUUCCCGUCAGAGUGGGCUUGAAGCAGAAUGUCAAGGCAAUGGAGCAGGCAGAGGACUGGUUGACGGAAGUUUCUCACCCCGGCUCUUCUUUAUACGGCAAACAUUGGACUCUGGAUGAGGUGGUUGAAGCCUUCAAGCCUUCUGACGAUGCUGUUGAGACGGUGGCUGCUUGGUUGAUCAAGUCGGGUAUCUCUAAAGAGAGAAUCACUCACAGUGAUAACAAAGUGUGGCUGGCUUUUGAUGCCACUGCUGCAGAAGUCGAGAGCCUUCUGAAUACAAAAUACUUCCAUGAUGAUCGAGACCGCGCUCUAGUCGCUACUCACGAAUAUCAUCUACCAGAGCAUGUCUCAGAACAUGUCGAUUACAUCACUCCCGGAGUCAAGGGUACUCUCAUGGAGCUUCGAAAAAGGGAUAAGAGAUCAUUCGAAGCUCACCUCAAUUUCAAUCCUCAUCGCCGACAACAACAGGUUAGGCCUUUCCCUAAGCUACCAAAGAAGUCGUCACCAGAUGAUCUUUCAACUUGCGAUCAAACCAUUACGCCCAAAUGCUUGCAGGCGCUUUACAACUUCGAAGCACCCGAUCCUCACGCCAAAGUCAGCAAGAACAACUCGCUCGGCGUCUUUGAACAAGGCGAUGUUUAUUCUCAGCCAGACUUUAACGCAUUCUUUGCCGAAUACACCCCAUACAUUCCCAACGGCACUCAUCCCGCUUUGGACUCCAUUGAUGGUGCCAAGGCUCCCGUGUCGCAAGGAAACGCUGGCGGUGAAAGCAAUCUCGACUUUGAACUUGCAUAUCCCAUCAUCUACCCUCAGACUACAACUCUCUUCCAAACCGACGAUGCAUUCUACGCCCAACAAUUCACUGGCGUCUUCAACACCUUUUUUGACGCCCUUGACGGCUCCUACUGCACCUACUCUGCCUUUGGAGAGACGGGCAACGAUCCCACGCUUGACCCUGUAUAUCCCGAUACGCACUCUGGUGGUUACAAAGGCCCUCUCAUGUGUGGCGUCUACAAGCCUACCAACGUAAUCUCCAUCUCAUAUGGCGUUCAAGAGAGCGAUCUCCCCGCAAACUACCAGAAGCGCCAGUGCCAGGAGUUCUUGAAACUUGCUCUACAGGGCGUGUCUGUCUUUGUAGCCAGCGGCGACACUGGAGUGGGCGGUUAUCCUGGAGAUACCGAUGCAGACUUUUACGGUUGUCUACGAGAUGAUGAUGUCUUUUCUCCCACGCAUCCCAACAGCUGCCCGUGGUUGACAAACGUUGGAGCAACAAAGGUUUACCCCGGAAAGACCGUCCAUGAUCCUGAGAGUGCUGUCUUUGAUCCCAGCCCUUCUUUUAACUACAGCAGUGGCGGUGGCUUUUCCAACAUCUACCCAAUCCCCAACUACCAACAAAAAGCCGUCGCCAACUAUUUCAAGAAAUACAACCCGUCAUACCCAUACUACGAAAAUGGCCAAUACGAAAACAGCACAGGCAUCUACAACCGGAAUGGACGAGGCAUUCCCGAUGUGGCAGCAAACGGUGAUAACAUUGCAGUCUGGGUGCAAGGCCAGAAGGGACUCUCUGGCGGCACAUCUGCCUCAGCGCCUAUUUUCGCAUCGCUGAUUAACCGCAUUGUGGAAGAGCGCAUCAAGAUCGGAAAGGGACCGUUGGGACUCAUCAACUCAGCGCUGUACGAGAACCCAGGAGUGUUGAACGACAUCACGAACGGAACCAACCCUGGUUGCGGCACCCUUGGAUUCAAUGCUACCAAGGGAUGGGAUCCUGUUACUGGAUUGGGCACACCCAACUAUCCCAAGCUGCUCGAGUUGUUCUUGAGCUUGCCUUGA